CGGAGAAACGAGUAGAGAGUGCUUCUACAGCAAAUUCCUGAUUGUUCAACCCUAUUGAUUCUAUUCCAUCGUCGAAUUUUAUUCCAGUUUGUACUGAAUUGAGGGGUUAACUAUCCCUUGACUUGUUUUGGGCCUUAAAGGAGCUGCGAGAAUGGCAUUUUAUGUUAUGCAGCUGUGGCUUUUAGUAUUCCCAACAUUUCUCAAUUUUGCCUUGUGUUCCAAUAAGUGUAGAUGGAAUGAGUACAUCACAAAGGAUAUCGUUGGAAACGAAGCAUGUGUGAAAUGUCCAAAUUGUGCUGAAGGCCAUGGACUUAUGCCAGAGUGUGGCUCUCAUAUCAGUUAUGGGGACAAGUUUCGCUGUGUGCCUUGCACAGAUGGAGAAACAUACUCUUCCAGCAAUGACCUGACUAGUUGUCGGCCAUGUAGCUUGUGUCCGCAUAAAAAGGUUAUACAAAAGUGCAAUGCCACUCAAAAUUCCAUAUGCGACACCCGUAACUGUGAAGAGGGUUUUUACUAUGAUGACAUAACAAGGGAUUGCCAGCCAUGUUCCUGGUGUUGUGGUGAUGGUAAAGAUGACAUCAAAAUGAGCUGUAAAGUUAAGGGUCAGUCAUCAUAUAAACUCUGUACUUAUGACACAGGUCGGCGAUGUUUACCACGAUGCACAAAUAAACAAUAUGUAGUUGUGGACCUCAAAACCUUAAAAAAGACAUGCCAGGAAUGCCCUACUUGUCAAGUUGGUCAUGGGCUUUCCCCACCAUGCGGCUCUGUGCUAACAAAUCCUGCAAAUCAUUCUUGUGUUAAGUGCGCACCAGGAAAGAGCUUUUCAGAAAGCAUUGAUAGCUCAUCUUGUAAGCCUUGCUCUAAAUGUGCUGUUGGCCAAAUGGUGGAGAGAGCAUGUAACAGCACUCAUGAUACUCUGUGUGGGGAUUGUUCGCCAGGGUUCUACAGAGACUUUUCUGUGCACCCAGCUGUAUGCGGACAGUGCUCUUAUUGCUGUGGGGAUGAUAUUGAUGUCAUUGAAAAGGAGUGUACAGCACAAGGAAUGCCACCAAAAAAGCAAUGCUCAUUUACUGAGCGAUCCAUCAGUGUCUGCUCCCCAAAACACACAAACAACAGAUUUUAUGCAACAAAGCCAUUCAAGUGGUAUUAUGCGGUAAUAAUAGCAGUUGUUAUAUUAGUUAUAUUAUUAGCUUUUGUGGCCUUUUAUGUUAAGAGGGACAGAAGAUUUGGGUAUAAACAGAUGGUACAGCACAGUCAGAAUGAGCUCUGCCCAACUGCUGAUUAUCAUUGCGAGCCUUUGCAAGAUCACCCAAGUUUUGUAACAGGAGAGGGAAACGUCCUGUGGUUCCCUACAGCAGGUGUGAAGCUCCAUUUGCCCCAUGAAUUUUACGGAGAGGGUGUCGACAAUGAGGUUUACGGCAAGAUAAAGAUAGGUGUUCAUCAUGACAGACCUUCACUUCCUACCCUGAAUGAGCAUGAAGUACUUCUUAGCCCUGCUAUCAGGAUUCGCCCAGAUGGGGCAGAGCUGCAAGAGCCAAUAACAAUUGAGAUUCCACACACUGCAGACUUAGGGACAGACAACCAGUGGUCACUGCGAGUUCUCACUUGCUAUGAUACCCAGGCUGGGCCUGAGUGGACAGAUGACCUUAUGAGUGUAAAGUGUGGGGAGCUGUCUGUCUCUUUUAAUGUGACCAAACUUGGAGUUGCCUAUGCAGUGGUUGGUUCACCAGUCAAUCUGCGCCUUGCAAAGAAGCGUAUGGUUUGUGCAGUGUUUGCUGCACGGCACAUCCCAGGGAAUGAGCCAGUAGAUGUGGUCUGUUAUCUGUUGGAUGACUGUGAAUCAUCCCUCAAGAGGGUGAGAGAAAAUGAGCAUGGCCAGGAGAUGUAUGGGUGUUUGAAAAAAUGUCACCUCCACACUGACCCUAACGGGGAGAUACGCCUUCAAAUUGCAAACCUCACAGAGGGGUGGAAAGUACAGAGCAUUGAACCUCAGAGACAGUCAUGGCUGAAUUCCAUUGUUGAGAUACCCAAGUUCAAUGCAGUGCUGUUGUCUGAGAACAGUUCCACAAGGGAGCUACACUUUGUAUUCCAAGUUUAUCAUGCAGCAACCAACCAAGUGGCUGCAGAAGUUCCUGUUGACUUGCCGAUCCGCAUGCCUUUCACGAGUCAGCCUUGCACCGUGAAUAUAAUAACACCAACAAGUGAUGAAAAGACUCCCCCAGCCUGUAUCCCACUUGCCAGCCUUCCACCCAGUACAACUCGUGACAUUUGUGGUGCAAUACCACAAGAGUUGUGCCCUGUGAUAGCCACCAAACUGAAGGAUGACCUCUCAGCUGAAGAACUACACCAAAUCCAAUACAGCAAUGGCCAUGUCUCCCAACUCCUGAGAACCAUGAGUCAGCUCAAGCCUGAACUUAGUGUUAGUGAGUUCAGAGAUGCACUGAUGGCCACGCCUGGCUGCGAGGAGCCUGCAAGGAUGAUAGAGGAGUUCAUGAAAAAUAGUGGAGGGAUAGAGUCUGUUUAGGUUAAACUUAACAAAUAGCAGUAAGUUAUUGUUAAUGUUAUUUGUAUGACAUCAUUUUAAGCAAAUUAUUAAAUGAUACCAUGGGCUGCA